AUGCCUCGUCGCCAAGGAGAUCGUGGCCAACGUGGGAAGACACCAGUGGGCCGUGCCAAACAAUGCCCAGACUUGAACGCGGACGGAACUGAACCUGGUCCGAGCAAUGUCUCCAACCCUGUGGUGCGUCUAUUCCUCCCGAUUCUUGACGUGAUUCAAUUGAUCUUUCAGAAUAAAAACAAACGCAAGACGAUCGCCAGCCCGUUGCCACCUCCUCUGAAGAAUGCCGAGCUCGAUUCGGAUGACUACUCGGAUAAUGAGGUGACGACCGAUAACAAACACCCGAUAUCCGACGAUCCAUCUUUCGAGGUGAGCGAUUUUGGUGAAAAUAUGUCAAUAUUUGAUGAACGACCCGGAUCGUUUUCAGAUUUCUCAACAGCACAUCGAGACAUACGAAAUUUCGUGUGCUAACGCCAAAACCAAGUACUCAAUUCCAGCCGCUGAGAUUGAUAGAAUCGAAAACGGCGAGGAAGAUGGAGAAGUAGAGCUGAGACUGCCUUCGAAAAUCCAACUAGGCCGCUACAUUAUCGAAUCCUGGUUUGGAUCGCCGUUCCCAUUGGAGUACAUUUACUCGAAAAUGGUGAUUGUUUGCGAGUACUGCCUCGCCUACACGGGAUCGCAGCUCGUCAUGAAUCGCCACGUGGAUAGAUGCGCCGCCAGAGGACCGCCGGGAAAAGAGAUUUAUCGAGACAGCGAAAGAAAUCUGUCGGUAUUUGAAGUCGAUGGAGGCGAGCAGAAGUAAGCGAACACAGGAUUGCAGGAAAAACAGGGAAUACUUGAUUUCAGAGACUACUGCCAACGUCUGUGCCUUAUUUCGCGUCUUUUCCUCGCCAGCAAGAGCGUCUUUUUCGACACGGAAGCGUUUCACUUCUACGUAGUGACUGUGAAUGACCAGGAAGGAUGGCACAUUGCCGGCUACUUCAGCAAGGAGAAGUACCAGCCGGAUUUGUACAACCUCAGUUGCGUCAUGAUCCUGCCGCCGUUCCAGGCGAUGGGUCUCGGUCGUCUUCUGAUCGAUGUGAGCUACGCUCUUUCAAGACGUGAAGAGUGGCUCGGUGGGCCGGAGGAACCACUUUCUGAGCACGGACUCGCUGCGUACGGAAAGUACUGGCGAGACACUAUCUUCAAGUUGUUCGCUCUUGAACGUGUCUUCAAUGCGAUCGAAAACGACGGCGGAUACAGUGUUGUUGGUUAGUUUUUACUUUUCGUUUUGAAAGCUCAACGCUGAUUUGUUGCAGACGUAUCCGAAGAAACAGGCAUCCAUCCACAGGACUGCCUCAGAAUGCUGGAUCUUCUUGGAUGGCUAGUGGUGAACAAAGAAAAGGGACCCGACGAGACAGGAACGCAGUAAGCUACAGACAUGCUGAAAUCAUUAUAUAAAAAUGAUUCUUUUUUCAGCUCCUUGCUAUGGGAUGUCGACUGGGAAUUCGUCGAGAAAUACCAUUACAAUCCUUCGGUUUUCGACGAGAAGCUUCUCGACGUAAGUUUUCAAGCAACUUCCUUGAAAACCUGCUGUACAUUUCAGUGGCAGCCUAGCAAGGACACUCCGAUGGACGGGUUCUACGAGCUCACUCGCGCCAAUGUGAAUGAAGGCAUGGAAAGGAUGCGAAUCCGACAGGACCUGCAGGAGACGCCCAUGCGUCAGGACCAGAAUAUGGAAAAGUCAACACCGGCCACAUCGUCAGCCAUCCCUCCUGGAUCACAAAAGAAAGUUCGUAAAGAAGUGAAAGUCUGUGUUGUUUGCAACUUUGUCACACAACUAAUUUCAGGGAGGACGACGUCAAGCGAAGGGUCAGUCUUACAAGCGCAAUCUGAAAAAGGAGCUGACCAAGAGAGUGACGGUUUCGGACGAGAAAUCGGACUCUUCAGAUGACGAAGACUCGCCCAAGACCAAGAAGAAGACGCCGAAAAGGAAAAGAUGUGCAGGUAAUUGAAGAAGAGUUCAUUAUCCGUUCUUCCUCUUCUCACCGUCCCAUGUUAUCUGUUCCUAAGCCUUAGUCUUCGCUUAAAUGAUUUCUACUCUCCUACUGUCUUUCCCGAUUUCCCUCUUAUCCUUCCUGUGAUAUCACCUUCUCCCUCCCCCAUUCUAGCUAAAUCUCCUCUAGUUUUACUCGUUAUUCGCUCUCUUCUCCCUAUCACUCGCUCUCAGUUCGAACUUUCUUAUUCUUGAUGAAUAAACGAUGCUUAUUUAAGGAGAGCCAAAAUUCAUCGUGCUGCGAAACAGUUUGAAGUCAUUGGGCGGUACCGCAUUAGUAACGGGUUCUUAUAAUAAUUUUCAGUGUAUUUCUGAGGCCUCCAACAUGAACAAUGUAAUUUCCAGAUGCUGCCGCAAAAAAGGACGUGCGGAAAAGGGAAGAGGAUUCUUCAGAUGGGGAUGGAGAUGACGCCCCCGCACCGUCUUCCGGACGUCGUUGCAGCCAGAGAGCUCCGGAAAAGAAGCCAUCAGCUGCAGAGAAGAAGCCGCCUGCUUCGUCGACAUCAUCCGAAAAAAGAAAGCACCGCAAGAAGAAAGAAGUGGAAGAGGAUAAAACUUCGAAGAAGGAAUCGGAGAGCGACUCAACUUCUUCGGAAGACGACGACGAUGUUCCUUUCAAAGGACGUGCAAAAGGGCACAAAGGAAAGAAGGACAAACCGAGCAAAAAUGUGAAGAAAGGUGAAGUUCGGAAGAGACAGUGCCAGAUAAGAGUGGUCUGUAAGAAGUUUCCGCCAAGUUCCGGGAAGAAAGAGUGGACUCACUAUCAGAAACCGGUUGAAGAGGAAGUGGUGAACAAGGAGAAAAGAGACAGCGAUGGGGAACACGUCAAUGGGGACUCGAAGACCGAAGCGACUGAAGAAAUCGCAGCAGAGGACGAUCAUAACGGAAAAGAUCAAGAGGCCAAUUCGCUGAAGCAAGAGAAAGAAGUGAAGGACGACGGAGGAGAUGGACUGGUGGUGGAUUUGGAUGUUGAGGAAGAAGAGCUAGCAAGAGUGAGUUGAAAAGAAGUUAUGUGUAUUACCGGGUUAUCGACCUAGGUGAUGGUGGAGAGCUAGACGGAAGCUCGGUGUAUAUAGUAUAGAAAUAAGAAGACCAGAAUAAUGACGUGUUAGGUUCUUGUGACACAGGGAGAGAGUGUGUGCGCACUGAGACGUAAGGGAAUACGUGGAGAGAGAAGAGUGAGAGCUUGUACAUGAUUGUGUGAACACCUAAAGUGGUACACAACUAAUGCUGAAAAUCUGAAAACUGAAUCUUUCUUUCAGGAUUAUGUUAUCGGAACUCCGGCGUCAUAUCACUCGGACACCGAGGAGUUCUCUCCGCCGCAGGCUCGAGAAUUCUCAAAGCAAGAGCCCAUUGAAGAGAACGACAGUGCUCCUCCCCUCCUCGUCUCGCAAGUGGCAAAGCUCCAUGUCUCGCAGCCGGCUCAGUUGGAAAUUGAGGAGUCUGAUGACGCGCCGCCUCCACUACUGCACAACGAGAACUACUCGUCCGAAGAUGACGACGCUCCGCCGAGACUCUCUCCACAAUACGGAAAGCAAGAGAAUCACGUGCAUGAUGAGGAGAACGAGAAAGAGAAGUCCCCGUUGAUGAUGGGGACUGUGGUGGCCAACAACACUGAAGUGCAUCAUGGCGGACAAUAUCAUGGCACAAGGACCACUCCUCCUGCAAUGCACAUGCCUCCGAUGCAAUCCAAUCCGAAUAUUCUGCCCACUCCUCAGCAUCCAUACUCGCAUCACGGUCCCGGAUCGCUUCAACCACAAACAACUCCUGGGUCCGGAGGAGUCCCAUCAUGUGGAAGGCCGGUCUACAGCCACACAACCCCGGAGCAGGGACAGUUUAUGAGCCCAAUUGCCGGAAUGCCUACUUCUGUUCCGUCUGUUCUCAACAACUCAUUGGAAUCAAUUGGAACACCGUCCACCCUUCAACAGACACCGCAACAGCCUCAGCCGCAUUUUGAUAUGGCUGCACUUGCGAUGGCACAGGUGGGGAAUCCAAAGAAAGAAAACCCAUUCAUGGGAUAAUGUCAAUUUUCAGAUGCAGCCAGACAACGGAUUGAUGAGUUGCACCAGCCAGAUUGAGCAGCAGAACCAGCUUAUGAUGCAACAACAUGGAUUUAAUAGUCCUCCUGGUCAGACGAACGGAAUCCUCGUGCCACCACAACAAGCAGUUCCGCCGAAGCCAGUGAUCCAGCCGACUCCCGCUCCUGCAACGGGACGUCGUCGUUCCGAGGCAGCGGCGCCACGCAAGCGAGCUCCGAGAGCACAGGCCCAAGCAGCUCUCACGAUCCAACCUCCCCAAUUCCCCAUGCCCCCGAUGACCCUGCCGUACUAUCCGGGAACGUACGGAGCGCCGUACCAAAUGUGGGACCCUAGCAUUUAUCAGUUCAACCCAUAUUAUCCAACCAACAUGCAGCACCAUGUAAGCCAGGCUGCUUAUCACCAGCAAUUCAUGGCUUACCAGUACAACCAAACUGGUCAAAUGGGUGCCAAUGCGGCAGCGGCUGCAGCCAUCCAGCCACAGAACCCGGCGGUGUACCCCUCACACUGGUUUCCUAAUCAAAACAUGCGUUAG